AUGGCAGGUCCGUAUUAUAUCAAUAGUGGUAGUCAAGUAAGUGGCGUUCCAACAUGGGCAUGGCCAAGAUCUACUCAAGUUAAUGUUGAAGUUGUUGGAGGUGGAAAUGGACGUGUAAGAUUUCAAUGUGGAUUAAGUCCUGAUGAAGAUAAUGAUAUUCAUAGCAAAGGUCAAUUCAGUAGAAGUUUUGGUGGUGGAAGAUUAACAAUUACAAAUAUUGGUACUUCAAAUCUUAAGGUUUGGACUGCUUAA